AUGACAGCCGAACAGAAGGUCAAUAAGUCAAUUCCAAUCACUCUUCUUUCGGGGUUCCUUGGAUCUGGAAAGACGACGCUUAUGGAGAAAAUCCUGACAGCAAAUCACGGUUAUAGAAUUGCCGUCAUCAUUAAUGACAUGUCAGAAUUGAAUGUGGACACUGCUUUGAUUAAGGACCAUAAGGUCUGUCAAAAGGAGGAGAAACUAAUCCAGCUUCAAAACGGAUGUAUCUGCUGUACUCUUCGUGGAGAAUUGUUGGAAGAAUUGGUGCGCAUUGGCGAGCGCGGAGAAAUUAACUACAUUGUCAUCGAAUCAACCCGUAUCGCUGAGCCUAUGCAAGUAGCGGAAACGUUCGCACAAGAGUUUUCAGACAUAUUGCUAGACACACCAGCCGGCAUUCCUGAAGAAGAAGAAAUUCUAUUGAAAAAAGUUUCUGAGAUGGGUGGUUUACAAGCUAUUGCCAAGAUCGACACAUGUGUCACUGUUGUCAAUGCUUUGAAUUUCCUUUCUAACGUCAACACUGCCCAAUUUUUGGCCGACAGGUGGGGUGAAUCAGGACAAGGCGAAUCUGAACGAACUAUCACCGAUUUGUUGGUGGAUCAAAUUGAGUUUGCCAACGUCAUCAUCGUCAACAAAAAGGGACUGGUAAACAAGAAAAAGCUGCAAAAAAUCAAGAAGAUGAUCACAGCUUUGAACCCGAUUUGCAGAAUUGUCACCUCGAACUAUUGUAGCAUCUCAUUAGACUCGGUACUAAAUACCGCACUCUAUCAUUUUGAAAAAGCAUCUAUGUCAGCUGGAUGGUUACAGAGUAUCAACGAAAUGACAGUUCGCGAAGGUUUCGGCGACAAAACGAAGAGCGUAUUGACUCCUAAGCCGGAAACAGAAGAAUAUGGUGUCAAUAAUUUUGUUUAUCGCCAAAGAAGACCCUUCCACCCUGAGAGGCUCUAUCAUAUGAUUAAUGACAACUUCUUCGUAAUUGAGCAGACAAGAGUCGAUGAAGCUGAGGAACAAGAUGACAAUGAAGAAUCACAAGAUGAAGACGAUAAUGAGGAAGAUAAAGGCGAAGAUAAGGAAACUAAUAAAGUCGGUGAUGAAGAUGAUGAGGUAAACGAAAGUGGUGAGGAAGUUGAGGAACUUUCGGAAGAUCAGAUCAAUAGGAACAGAGCCAGUUCUCCCUUCGGAGCACUACUGCGCUCCAAGGGUUUCUUCUGGCUGGCAACCAGGUUUGUUGUCAGGGGAGAAUGGUCCAGCGCUGGUUCAAUGUCGACAAUCAAGGGUGGUCUACCUUGGUUUGCAAUCUCAGGAUUAAAAUAUGUUCCACCAGAAGCUAUUGAGCUUGUUAAAAAAGACUACGAAGGCCCAUUCAGUGAUCGUCGUAACGAAUUGGUUUUUAUUGGCUUAAGCCUAAAUGUGAAAGCUCUAACUGAGGUUUUAGAUAAUUGUUUAUUGAAUGACAAAGAGUUUGAUCUUUUAAAGAAAAUAACCGACAAACACAAUGACCUGGGAGCUGAUAAAGAGCUGGCAAAGGUUUGGGAUGACGAUUUGGAAGACUGGAUGAUUUUGGAAACUUAG